AUGGGUUUGUGUAUGAAAAUAAUCCUUAAAGGAUGUGUAUUUCUUGCAUCAGCUGCUGGUAUUGCAUAUUUUGCUUUUCAACUGUACACAAAAUGGGCAGUGAAUCCGGAUAUCAAUGUAGAGAUUACGAACCCACCUGAAUUUGAGAUUCCAUUUCCAGCAAUUACAAUUUGCUCUCCAGUCUUCAGCAAGCAUCAAAUGGCAAACUAUAAUGAUUAUAUGAAGAAUAUAGUACAUUUAAUGCCAGUCAAUCUCUCAUCAUCACAACAAAACUACCUCGCAGCAAAUACUCACUGGUGUGCUCCAAAUGUCGGAAAAGUGAACACAGCAACAAUCUACCUCCAACUAAAUGAAUCAGAAGCAACAAACUACUGUGUACCAUUCGGUCGAGUCUACAAAGUAAUUUUCCAUCUUCCAAAUGAAAUUCCAACGCCAUUCCAUAAAGCUCAUUACAUCUCAUACGAUCACCGGAAAGUCAUAACUUUAUCAUCAGUCUCAAUCAGAAGUGAUGCCACAAUGAAAAACUAUCCGCCUGACAAGCGACACUGUUACUUCCCCGAAGAGAGAAAAUUAAGAUUUUUUAAUUCGUACACAAAGGCGCAUUGCGAUUAUGAAUGCUUUUCAAAUUACACACUUAAUCGUUGCGGAUGUGUGAAGUUUUCAAUGCCACGUGCAAAUGACACGCCGGUUUGUGAUUUGGAUAAUGCGCACUGUUACUUUUUCGCAACUAAUGAAUGGACAGAAAUUGACGAUGAGGAGGAUAAGAAGAAGACACCUUGUAAUUGUCUACCGACAUGUGAUGAUAUUAAAUAUAAUGUAAAGUUAAAUGAUGUUGAUGUCGCAUUUGAUGAUAUUAAUGAUCUUGCUGGAUUUAAAUUUCAUGACAAAGCUCUUCAAUCACGCAUCUCAUUCCAAUUCCUUGAUUAUGUCGGAGAAGAGCGACUUAGCAUAGCUGGAAAGAAAAUUGGUGAUUGUAUGUACUGAUUUUUAAUAUUCUUUGACUUAAUGAUUGAUUUUGGACCUCGAAACCAAAACUCGAAGUCGACUCGAGUUCACUUGAACCCUAUCGACUUCGAGCUCUGCUCGAGACAGUAAGAAUAAAUAAACUUCAAUUUAAUUCCAGUCAUUGAUGAGUAUGGAGCUCCAAUAGCGAUUGUCAUUGUCUGUACAUUCUUACCAGUGGUUAACUCAAUCAUUGAUCGUUUCACGAAAGAAGAGGAAGAAGGUGAAGAUGGAGGAGGAGGCGGUGGUAUGGGAGAUGUUGAGAAAGGAGUUAGUCCAGAUCAACUCAAACAAGACAUUAAGGCAGAACUUGGUGAUCUCGUUGGUGAAGACACUUUAAAAACUAUAGAACAAGUCCAAGCGGAUACAAAACUAGCGCAGGACCUAAAAGAUCAAACAUUUGACCAAGCAAAAGGCUUUGGUGAUGCAUUUCAAGAAAUUAAGCAGGAAAUUCCAGCUGAAGUUAUUGGAAUUAGUCAAGCUGCACAAAGUGUCCUCAAGCAAACGCCUAAUGUUGUAGCAGACCACAGCGAUGAGUUCAUGAAUACAUUGCAAGAAAUAAAUCGUGACAUUCAAGAUGUAUCCAAAAAACUAAUAAAAACGGAAUCGAACGACAGCUUUACAGACCAAGAUGAUGAUGAAAAUGACAAGAAUGAGGACUCGCUCAUGUCAAAAGAGGAUGAAAAAUUUAAAUGAGCUGAACGUCGAAUUCGAAAAAGAUUUUCACAUUUUAUUGAUGAUUAUAGCAAAUUUAUUGUUUUGCUUGCUAAUGAGGCAUCAAAUUCGAAAUAAUUAAAUCAAUUUUAUAGUUUUAAGUGUUGAGUGU